AUGCGUGAUACUCCAGGAAUCACGAUGAAUUCACGAUCAGCACGCAGCUGGUCUCUUCGCAAGAAAGCCAUUGCAUCCCCGGAGCUAGUCAUUGGCACAUCAAUUCUAGCAGUCCUUUUCAAUUUCAUCCCAGGCGCAAAAGCACAAUCAUACCCAGACUACUCCCCCUUGAGAUAUCAGUUACAGCAUACCUACGAGGGCGCCUCAUUCUUCGACCACUUUAACUACUAUUCCGACAGUGAUCCAACAGAUGGCUUCGUAACCUACGUGACCAAAGACACCUCCCAAGCCCUAAACCUCACCUAUGCCACCGACACAACAGCCACCCUCCGCGUAGACACAUCAACCCCCAACCCAUCCGGCGGCCGUAACUCCGUCCGCGUCGAAUCAAAGAAUACAUACGACUCGGGCCUUUUCGUCUUCGACAUCAUCCACACCCCCUACGGCUGUGGGACAUGGCCAGCACUGUGGUUAACGGAUGGUGCUAAUUGGCCUCGGAAUGGUGAAAUCGAUAUCCUCGAGUCUCAUAAUCAUGGCUCGCAUGGGAAUGAAAUGUCCCUGCACACUAUGGCGGGAUGUAGUAUGGAUGUGGAGCGUAGACAGGCUGGGACGGCGAUGGAUGGGAAUUGUGAUAUUGGGGCGGAUGGGAAUGCGGGUUGUGCUGUUAUGGGUGAUCCGUCGACUUAUGGGGUUGGAUUUAAUACGGGCGGUGGUGGGGUUUAUGCGUUGGAACUUCGCACUGCUGGAAUUCGGAUAUGGAAUUUCGCUCGUUCCAAGAUUCCCUCUGAUAUUCAUGGAGGAUCUCCAGAUCCCUCGAGCUGGGGAUUGCCGUUGGCCGAUUUCCCUAGUACGAACUGUGAUGUUGCGUCGCACUUCCGUAAUAUGAAUAUCGUGGCUAAUAUUGAUCUCUGCGGGCAAUUUGCGGGGAUGUCGUCGCAUUAUACUCAAAUGUAUGGAUGUCCGGGCUCGUGCGCUGAUUUUGUGGCAAGUAACCCAUCUCAAUUUGAGGAUGCUUAUUGGCAGUUUGGGGGGAUUAGGGUUUACAAUGCUUCUCAAUAG